AUAUUUUUAGCAACCAGAAGACCCCCAUUUGCAUUUUGUCCCAUUUCUUCGUGUUCUUCUCUCCUUCCCAACACGCGCCUUCUCCACAACAAGAAACAGAUUCCCGCCAAAGAAGCACUUUUCAAAUCGAUGAAUACAGAUAGCAGCACUUCACAAUUCCCUGUGUCGCAACUCAAUUUCUCUCGCCAAAUCAAGGGAAAUGAAACAGAGAUAAUCAUUUCGAGAUACGAAGAUCAUUUUAUGGUUAUUGCCACUCAAAUAGGAACCCUGGGGACAAUAAUGUAUGCUAGAAAGGAAGAAGGGGUGUCAAUUAAUCCAACAUUCAACGUUUCUGUUAUAUUUGGCAAACGGGAUGAGCCAAUGUUAGUAGCAUGUGCACGCCAGAUGAUUGAGCACAUGAGUUUGUCUGGCUCCUCCAGGCCAUUGGUGCUCUCACUUGGUCUUAAAGACCAUUCUGUGGAGACAUUGAAAGGCAUUGUUUCUGCUGUGAUGGACAAUAACAUGUGGUAAGAAAGUGCUUAUGAAAUAUCAAAUUUUAGUAUGUAGAACUGCCGUAUAGCUCAACCUUGUGGAGUUGCAGUGAUUUUUAAUUAGUGUAUGCUGACUAUUUUUCUACUUUAUUUUUUUCCAAAGUAAAUUCAACAGUGUAUUACUGACGUUUGCACUUCAGAUUAUAGUAAGCGAUUGACAUUUAUUACUGCAAGAUAAUCAUAUUUUCAGCUGAUAGGUGUGACGGGUUGAAGUAUUCAAUUAUUCUUAUUAUGGUAUGCAAACUUGGGUUAAUAUUGUUUCUAAUGAGUCGUUAAUUUACUGUAAUUACAUUCGACCACUCAAA